UGACCCACUUGUGUGUGUGUGAGAGAGAGAGAGAGAGAGAGAGAGAGGCAUAUAUCAACCAUGGCUUGGAGCUCAUCGUCACGAGAGAGAGAGAGAGAGAGAGAGGCACAAAUCAGAUGAUGAACAAGGUUUGGAGGUCAUCAUCACUCUCAUCUGAACCUCUAUUUUUUAUGAGAUGUAUCUGAUAUUUCUUUCGAGGUUGGCUUUCAUGGCAUACCAUGUUGGCUUAUUAAGAGAAGAAUUCUGAGAAGAAGCCCCUCCUUCCCGCCUCCUUCCCCCGUCACCAAGCCACUUCCGUCCACCACCGCCAACAAGUACAAAUACGUACGUCCACUUCUGCUCUCCAACCACACAGUCCACUCUUCCAUUACCGGUAAAGUCUCUCCCUUUCUCUCUCAGUCAGUGGUUUCCAAAAAAUAAAAAUCCAAAACAAAUACUUUUCCCUGAUCAUCUUUAUCUGAUCAAACAAAAGGGUACCCUUUUUACCUCUUAAAUUAACUUGAUUGUUGGAAUUAAUUGAUGGUCUUCAGCUGUGCGUUAGUACCGAGCCCACAUGCAACUGUAAUAUAAACAUCGAAAGAAGAAUUUUAUUCCAUGGCUCGAGAACAGUUUGAAGAUAAAUCCGGGAACAUGGAUUCUUCAGCUGGCUUUUGUUACUCAGGUGUUUCAUCAAAUAACCCGACCAUUCAGGCUCAUCUGGCGAACCAGAUCCAAGGCUUUGAGUCCAACCCAGAGAUCUUCAACUUGAACUCGGGCAUGGAGAUGAUAGGGUUUUCAAAGAAUCUACAGCAACAAAGUGAUCACAGUAACUCAGCCAUGUGGAAAGAGUUCUUUGGCAAGUGUCAAAGCCGCCCCGGUCCAUCCUCUUCAAAUACGAUCAACGAAUCCACGAGUGAUUUUUAUCAGCACGAGUACAAUAAGCCUGAUUUCACAACUGGUAUUUCUGAAACAAGUAGUGGGAAACUUGUAGUUGGAGCACAUGACUCUGGAGCUUGGCAAGAGAACAGACUGAUCGUUGAUGAUUCUUCUUUAAGGUGCGUGUUUCCUUGUGAAGAAAAUGAAAGGCCAAGUCAAGGCCUUUCACUCUCUCUUUGUUCAAGCAAUCCUUCCUCUAUUGGGGUACAGCCCUUUGAGCUAAGGCGCACCAGUCAUCGCCAUCAAGACCAACACGAUGAUUUAAGGUUCAUUGCUUCGAGCUCUAGAGAUGGGUUUUAUGGAAAAUCAUCAACUAUCCAACAGGAACAAAUAAUGCAAGAUGGAUAUUUAGUAAAAGCUUCAAAUCUUCAUCAAGGUCAGUUCCAGCUCAGGAACUCAAAGUACUUGACCCCUGCACAGGAACUUCUGAACGAGUUCUGUAGCCUUGGGACAAAGCAAACUGAUCCUCUGCAGCAAAAGGCCCACAAGGCCAAGCAGUGGAAUGAGGAUACUGGCAGUAGUUCUUCCAGAAAGCAGGCUCUUUACUCCCUCGAAUACAUAGAGUUGCAGAAAAGAAAAACAAAACUACUUUCGAUGCUGGAAGAGGUGGACAGGAGGUACAGGCACUACUGUAAUCAAAUGAAGGCAGUAGUGUCGUCUUUCGAAGCCGUGGCUGGCCAAGGGGCGGCGACUGUCUACUCCGCGUUGGCUUCAAAAGCAAUGUCGAGGCAUUUCAGAUGUUUGAAAGAUGGAAUUGUGGGUGAGAUUCAGGCAACCAAGAUAGCCAUGGGUGAAAAGGAUACUGUUGCACCCGGCACAACCAGAGGCGAAACUCCAAGACUUAGGAUUCUUGACCAAACACUAAGGCAAGAGAGGGCGUUUCAGCAAAUGAACAUGAUGGAGAGCCAUCCAUGGAGACCCCAACGCGGCCUUCCUGAGCGAUCCGUUUCUGUUCUACGAGCGUGGCUUUUUGAGCAUUUUCUCCACCCGUACCCAAGCGAUGUUGAUAAACAUAUCUUAGCCCGCCAAACAGGUCUCUCAAGGAGCCAGGUAUCCAAUUGGUUCAUCAAUGCAAGGGUGAGGCUGUGGAAGCCCAUGGUGGAAGAAAUGUACGUGGAAGAGACAAAAGAGCAAGACAACAACUUGACUUCCUCAGAUGGUGUUACAGAUCUUGACGACAAUAUUGGCCGGAAAAAUAAAACGCGACUUGAUCAGGAUCAAAAACCUACGCAGGACCAACUUGUUCGAAUAGACUCUGAGUGCCUCUCUUCCAUCAUCAAUACCAACCAAGACAAAAAUGAAUCUAAAACCAGUACUAUAACCCUGCAAAAUGAUCAUCACCAGAUGUACCAACAACAUGAUUUCGGGCGGGUCACAGCCGAGACGUUUGGGAUUAUGGAGCUGAACUUUUCAUCUUAUAAUAAUCACCCCUCGGCUGGAGCGGUUUCUUAUGCUAAUAACAAUGCUAAUCAGAGUUUCAACGGUGGUGGAGUGUCUUUGACAUUAGGGUUAAUGCAACAGCAUGGAACUGGGAGUGGGGCGAGCUUAGCCUUCUCGCCCGCCUCUCAGAGUUCUCUGUUUUAUGCUAGAGAUCCCAUUGAAGAUCAAUGCCAAACAGUUCAGUACUCGCUUCUUGAUAGCGAGGGACAGAAUCUUCCAUACAGAAACUUGAUGGGAGCGCAGCUGCUUCACGACUUGGCUGGAUAGAAUCAAAAUCAUGCAUGCAUGCUGAAAAUCCGAUGGUUGGAGGGUUUGGAGAAAGACGUUCUUAUCAACGGACGGUGAAUUGGUGAUGGUAUAAGUUGAAUUGUUUUAGGUACAUAUAAAUACUUCAUACAUACAUAAGUUAAGCUAUAUAUACGUGGUCAGAUAAUAGUAUAUUUAUGAAUAUGAUGAUCACCUCUUUGCAUGGCUGGCAAUUUUGCUGGAAACUUUUCUUGGCUGUAAGAACUAAGAUCAACACCAUUUUCCCUUAGGCUAAUUUGAGUUUGCUGGUGAUUGAUCAUGCAAA